AUGGCGGGUGGCAUCACAUAUGACGGUGUUCCGGUAGAGAAUGGAGGUCAAAUAUUUGACGGCCUGAAGUUCUGGGUCGCGCAGCGAGUGCCAACACGCAGUGCCAUCCUUGACCAUAUACAGAGAAACAGUGGCAUCAUAGUACCACUGGAGAAGAAUGCCGAUUACCUCAUCGCAGACCAUGCUCGGAAGGACGCUCCCGCUGGUUCCAUCUCCUGGAAGUUCAUCACCGAAUCGGUCGAAAACGGGGUCGCGCAACUCCCUGAUCAUUACAGGAUUGGCCUUGCACCAGCAGUAACGAGGGGCGCUGCCUCUUCGAAACCAAACAAAACGAUACGAACCCCAUUUACCGCCGCGGAAGACGCGGCGCUCGCGAGCUGGGUACUGGCGAGUAAGGAUUCUCGAAUGGGCAAUGAGAUGUACAAGCAGUUUGGAGCCAAAAAAAACCAGCACCCGAGUCAUCCUUGGUCGUCGUGGAGAGAUCGAUUCGUCAAGAAGCUCAUGCUGCUGCCUCCCGAAUCUCUCCACCAACUAGCCGCGCAAGCAGCAGACAGAGCAACACCGCAGCCCAAUCAGGAGGUGGAGGAAGACGACCACUUUCCGGAUCCGACAGAGCUCAUGCUACAGCGCAAGGGGGAAAGGGUCCAGCAGGAAGCAGCUCGACAGAGAGCAGAGGGUGAAGCCAUCCAGCCACCACCAGCCGCGACUCCAUCUUUAGCACCGUCACCGCUGCCACAAGCUGCGGAACGAGAGGAUGCGGCCGGGACCCAAGCCAUAGAGCGGGAAAAUUUUUAUGAUGAUCUGCAAACAUUCGCCGAGGUCAAGCACAUCAACAUCAACCCCACGCAGGAGGUUGCGGGCCAGUGCGUGGAGCUCUGGAAGCUGGCUCGAGCCAUAAGCCAGCAAAAACUGCCCGCCGACGAUAUCGACUGGUUUCGCAUCGCCCAGGAGCUCGGCUAUGCAGGGACCGACGCGGACGCCGCGGUCCCCGCCCUGCAGCAGUGCUACGAGCUGAACCUCGCAGAGUUCCUCGACCUGCAAGAAGCUCUUUUCGAAGACGGCGAGGAUUCCCCGCCGCAGCCCUCGUCGCCGCUCCCGUGCUUCUUGCCGGCCAAACGACCCCUUGAUGCCGACGGCGAGCUCGAGAUCCAGACGCCGGCCAAGCGGCGCCGGCUACAAAUACCCCGCGAGGUCCCCUCGACGCCCGAGGUCAACCGCCGCCAGCAGCCCACGCCGAGCACGAUCCGGCCUCACGCGGCGGCCACAACGACGCCUGUACGCUCCGCGAGGCGCGAGCCCUCUCCAGAUAUCACGUCGUCGCAGCAGCUGCAGUCGGAGCACCUCCACAGCAGCCCCCUCAUCCGGGCCAUCCCGCUGCACCUCAACAGCGCCGCGCAGAACCGCCAGCCGGGCAGAAGCAGCACCGCGUCCUCCUCCCGCACCACCAAGAAGCGCGUCCUCCCCGGAGCUUUCAAGCCCAGCGCGCUACCGCCGCCGCCUUCGCCGCCGCCUCCUUCACCGCCGCCGCCCAUUGACGACGACGCCCCGUUCCCCCUCGCGAUGCCCCGCGAACAGCCUCCUCCAUCGCGCCGCCGCCCCGCGCAGCGGGCCACCACCACCACCGCAGCUCCGCGCCGACUCAGCAAGGAGCGCGAGCUCAGCGACCUCAUCCAACACUACGAGUCGCUCGGGUACGCGCACGAGACGGUCGUCGAGGGCCUGCGGCGGACGACCAUGACACCGGGCCUCGCCGCCGAGGUCAUGCAGAGCCUGCGCGACGGCCGUGGCGUGCCGGCGCACCACGAGGGCAUCUGGACGGACGUCGACGAUGCCGGCCUGCGGCUCGUGGUGGGCGCGGGCCCGGAUCUGGAUCAGGAGGAUGGUGAGGUGGUGCGCAGCAAAGCGGCGAUGAAGGCGGUGCGCAAGGCGCGUCGGACAAGGGAUCGGCUGCUGAACAAGCACGGUCGGGAGCGCAUGGCAUUGCGCGUCAAGUAUCUGCGGGCGAGUGACAACCUGGCCGCUGCGGCGCGUGAGCAGUCAGUCUGA